GAAAAAAUUGCUCUCAUGCCUCGUGUGCUGGUUGCGCUUGCCUCCGUUGGCCUGCGCGCAUCGUCCUUUACACUCGCUACUCAGCGCCGGCAGCCCAACGCAUUCAGGCGCAACAUGGGGGCCCUCCAGAGCACUGCAGCCCCCAGUGUCCGGCACAUGCGCUCCCGUACGGCUCGUCAACCUCCACGCCAUCGACGCGCCAUGCUCCCGUAGCUCCAGUGGCUGCGCCUCGCUCGAUGGCGUGGGGGUGUGUACGUCCGGGCAGUCCGAACGCCAUCGACGCGCCGGCGCCGCGACCGCGUCCCCUCACAGGCCGCCGACGAGCAGGAACUUAAAGGGAUGAUCAAAUCCAUGGCGGAGGACAAGACCGGCGAGUGGAUCGCGGCGAACUGUCUGCCGGACGCCCUAUUCAUCCGCCCGAGCGGCAACCCCUUCAAGGCCGCCGAGUUCGUCACGUUCUUCGGCGGCGACGUCGAGAUCACGGAGAAGGCCCUCCUGAAGAUCCAGAAGCUCGACGUCGGCGCGGACAUGGCCUACGCGACGGCGAGCGAGUCCGCGAAGUUCACGUACAAGGGCACGCCGAACGACGACCCGUCCUUCACCGUGUCGACGGUCUGGAAGAAGGUCGGCGGCGCCUGGAAGCUCGCGCACGGCCACCGGUCCACGGCCACGGGCAACGACAUGUCGUCGUGGGACGGCUGCGUGUAG